AUGUCCUGGUGGCAGGACGGCAAAAAGAAGAAGAAAGACAAAAAAAAGAAGGAGAAGAAAGAAAAGCAGGAAAGCGAAGCAUCAGCUGAAGGACCUGCCGAGCCAGACCAGGUUGAGGUCUGGCAGGAAUCCUUUGAGACGAUGCCCUCUGUCGGUACGUGGCUCAUGUCCUUCACCGAGGAGGACCUCCUACGACCAACGACAGUGGACGCUGGGCUCAUAUGGACCUUCCAGACAGGACCGAAGAGGAUCAACGGUGUUGAUACAGGUUGA